AUGUGCAUGUUUCCGUAGUAGUGAAUCAUUUCCAGAUGUGUCAAUCUUAUAGAACUGUUAUUUUUCAUAAAUUCGCGGUACAGCGAGUUUCCUCGCGUCACAUUCAAAUAAACCGCGGUAAUAUUAUCAACUUUUCGACAUCUUAUCAAAGAAAGUGACCGCUGUGAAAAUGCGUAUUAUUUUUAUAAAAGUUCGCGAAGUAUCGCAAAAAUAUCCAAUUGUAAGAGGAAUGGCUUCUUAUACUGUCAUAUGGCCGACAGGAAGUUUAAUACAACAAAAACUAGCAGGAUAUGAUGAAUUAAAUUAUUUACAAGCCUUAAGAUUUAGUUUAUAUGGUGGAUUUUUUGUAGCUCCAACACUAUAUUGUUGGUUAAGGUGCUCUUCAUACUUUUGGCCAAAAUCAGACCUGAAGUCUGCAAUUACCAAAGCUUUAGUAGAACAAGUGACAUAUACUCCAACUGCAAUGUGCUGCUUCUUUUUUGGUAUAAACUUACUUGAAAUGAAACCAAUAACUGAAUGCAUUGAAGAAGUUAAACAUAAAUUUUGGCCUACUUAUAAAAUUGGUGUUUGUGUAUGGCCUAUUUUACAAACAGUCAACUUUUUUUUUAUCCCAGAACAUAAUCGUGUAGUUUAUGUAAGUUGUUGUAGUUUAAUUUGGACAUCUUUUCUUGCAUAUAUGAAAGCAUUAAAUGCAAAAACAAGUCAAAAUGAUAUAAAAGAUGACAAUAAUUUCAAACACAAAGGUCACAUUAAAAUUCAAUCUACUAAUCAAGUAGAAGACAAAAAUAAAAGAGUAUCUAUUAUAAGAUAAAGAUAUUUAUCUUAUAGG